AUGGGCACAAAGAAAUCACACCAGUGUGCUCAAGCUCGGGCUCUCUUCCAAUUUUUGCUGGCAAUUAUGACUUCAAUGGCAUCAUUGCUAUCAACAUAUACGACUUUUGCUGCAGCAGCCAUGCUGCUUCGAACUGUUCUUAAUGAAGCUCGGAGCCUGAUCAACCAGUUCAUACCCCAAUAUGUGCAGGAGAGAAUCUGGUCCAAAAUUGUAGGGAUUUUUGGAAAUCGCCACUCUUCUUCUCACAUGACUCUUAUCAUGGAUGAAUACGACAAUUACAUCACUAAUCAAUUCUACGAGGCUUCUGAAAUCUACCUGCGCGCAAAAGUUAGUCCCUCAGUUACGAAGCUCAAGGUUUUUCAAGCUCCGGAUGACAAGAACCCGUCAGUCACCAUCAAGAAUGGCGAAAAGUUUACUGAGGUCUUCCAGGGAAUCCAACUCCAGUGGGAAAGCUUUUGUAUAGAAAAGAAUAGGAAUGAAUACUACGACAGGGGUGGAGAAACUAAGUCAAUUGAGCUGAGUUUCCCUCGGAAAAACAUGGACAAGAUAUUGAGUUCUUACCUGCCGUACGUGUUGGAGAGAUCAAAAGCCAUUAGAAAAGAAAACAGGGUGCUGAAGCUCCAUUCAUAUAACGGGUCAUGGGAAUCAACCAACUUGGAUCAUCCAUCGACUUUUGAAACGUUGGCAAUGGAUUCAAAGCUCAAGGAGGACUUGAUAAAUGACCUGGACCGAUUUGUGAGGAGAAGCCAGUUUUACAGAAGAGUUGGCAAGGCAUGGAAACGAGGGUAUUUGUUGUAUGGCCCUCCGGGUACUGGAAAGUCAAGCUUGAUUGCAGCCAUGGCAAACUAUCUGAAAUUUGACAUCUAUGACUUAGAACUCACAAGUCUGCACAGCAAUUAUGAACUUAGAAGACUGUUAGUCUCUACCAAGAACCAAUCCAUACUUGUGAUUGAAGAUAUUGACUGCAGCGUUGCGUUGCAGGACCGACGAUCUGGAGGAUGCGGCCAAGGCAACAGCCAGUUGACAUUAUCUGGGUUCCUUAAUUUCAUUGAUGGGUUGUGGUCAAGCUGCGGUAAUGAGAGAAUAAUCGUGUUCACAACUAAUCAUAAGGACAAGCUAGACCCCGCAUUGUUGAGACCAGGCCGCAUGGAUGUGCACAUCCACAUGUCCUACUGCAAUCCUUGUGGAUUUAAGACCCUUGCUUCCAACUACCUAGACGUCAGCAAUCACAAACUGUUCCCUGAGAUCGAAAAGCUGCUAAUGGAGGUGGAGGUGACCCCAGCAGAGAUUGCAGAAGAGUUCAUGAAAAGUGAGGAUGCUGAUGUUGCCCUUGAAGGACUAGUUGAGUUCCUCAGGAGGGUAAAGAUGAUACGAAAUGGAUCAGAUGGCAGAGAAGGAAAAGAAGUUUAUGAACAUUGAAAGGAAAGCCCUGAAAUUGUUGAGAGUGAGAAAAAAAUUAGCCCAGAAAUUGUUGA